AGCCAGCCCUCAGCUUUCUAUUUCGGAGGCUCUGUGUUGCAUAAUAUCUGGGCUACAGUCGCAGGCGGGUGGCGAGCGUUUGCGACAGAAAUAGGUUCCUUCCGCGGCUGCCUUUCAGGGUCCAGCUGGGAGCCUGGGGGGCAGGGGGAGAGCUCUCGCCAGGUGUGUGCGGGACGGGGCAGGAGCUCUCCCACUCCGCACAGGCGUGUCGGCGCGGUCUCCAGGCAGCUUGACUGUAUUACUGGCCCUUCUACCCCCAGAGAAAGAGAGAGAAGGUCAUAUGCCGGGGAUUUGGAGCUCGUGAAAAAAAAAAAAGCGGAAAAAAAGCCUCUGGAGGCUGAGUGGGAGCGCGCGCUCGGGGAUGUGUGUGGAAGUAAAACAGAUCCCGCAGGCCCUGCCGCCAGCCUCGCGCUGCAUUUGUCACUCCUGCCCGGCGACAUUUUCUCCCUGAGCUAAAACAGGGAGAGCUGCCGCAGUCUGCGCGAAGCCCGAGUCUCUCACUCGUGCUUGGUGCGUGUCUUUUACUUUUUUGUUCUCUGGACUCUGGGUUCUAAUAUCAAUAUUCACUGAAGACAAACAGCAGCCCUCCUGCAGCUCCGUGGUAGGCUUUGCUCCUCGUCCUCCCAGCUGGUGGGGGAGCAGGCUUUCUUCUCUCUGGGUGUUUUUCUGAGCAGCACAGUCACCCCAGCUGAGCGUGUCUCCCUCGCGGCGGCUGUGGUCAUGUUGUGAGGGAAGCUUCCUUGGAGGCCGAGGCUGAGGUGCGUGCAGAUGCCGCCUGGACAUCUGUCUGAUCCACGUUAACAUUUGAGGAGUCACAGAAUGCGAAAAUGAACCGGAAGAAGGAUUGGUGAAAUCACAUCCCGUUGGCAUCUCUGAACUCCCAACUCGGACCCACUGAGGCAGCCAAGUCUGAGCCAAAGAGCAUCACCAGGCGACGGAGUCAGAGUGACCCACAUCUGGUGGAAGAGACAAAAAUGUAGCUAUCGAAUCCAAUCAAGUGUUUCUCUCUCUCAAAUUACCAACAACAUCCCGUCAAGAAAGGUUCUGGUGGGUCCCACCUCCGUAUGGCUCCCCGAGGAGACACGUAAAGAUGGAGAAAUCAAGGCACAGAGAAAUUAAGUGACUUCACCAUAGUCACAGCUGGCGAGGACCAGGAUUAGAGCUUAGAGAGAACCCUGCCCCUGGGCCUGUGUCCUGCCCACAGUCACGCUGCCUCCAUUCCUAGGAGAGAAGACUUCCUGCAAGAUGGAGGUGGACGCCGAGGAGAAGCGUCAUCGCACACGGUCCAAAGGGGUUCGAGUUCCCGUGGAGCCAGCCAUCCAGGAGCUGUUCAGCUGUCCCACGCCCGGCUGUGAUGGCAGCGGCCAUGUUAGUGGCAAAUAUGCAAGACACAGAAGUGUAUAUGGCUGCCCCUUGGCCAAAAAAAGAAAAACACAAGAUAAGCAGCCCCAAGAGCCUGCUCCCAAGAGGAAGCCGUUUGCGGUGAAGGCGGACAGCUCCUCGGUGGACGAGCGCUAUGAGAGCGACGGGUCGGAUGACACGGACGAGAAGGAGGAGGACGAGGAGGAGGAGGACUCGGAGGAUGAGGACGAGCCGAGGGAGGACGAGGAGGAGGACCGCGAGGAGGAGGAGGAACUGGAGGAGGAACUAGAGGAUGAGGAUGAUGAGGACGGGGAGGAGGACGAGGAGGACGAGGAGGAUGACGAGGACGAGGAGGAGGACGAGGAGGAGGAAAACGAAGACCAUCAAAUGAACUGUCACAGUAGUCGCAUAAUGCAAGACACAGAAAAGGAUGAUAACAAUAAUGAUGAGUAUGAUAACUAUGACGAGCUGGUGGCCAAGUCCUUGUUGAAUCUUGGCAAGAUUGCCGAGGACGCAGCGUACCGGGCCCGCACGGAGUCCGAGAUGAACAGCAACACCUCCAAUAGUCUGGAAGACGAUAGUGACAAAAAUGAGAACUUGGGUCGGAAAGGCGAGUUGAGUCUAGACUUAGACAGUGAUGUCGUUAGGGAAACGGUGGACUCCCUGAAAUUACUAGCACAAGGACAUGGUGUGGUGCUGGCGGAGAACAUGAACGACAGGAGCUACGCAGACACCAUGUCGCAGCAGGACAGUCGGAACAUGAACUACGUGAUGCUGGGGAAGCCCCUGAACAACGGGCUGGGGGAGAAGCUGGUGGAGGAGAGCGACGAGGAGGUGUGUCUGAGCAGCCUGGAGUGCCUGCGCAACCAGUGCUUCGACCUGGCCCGCAAGCUGAGCGAGACCAGCCCGCAGGACAGGAACCCGCAGCCCAGCCUCAGCGGCCGCCCACACAUCCGGCCAGAGGAUGACUUCUCGGGCAGGACGCCGGACAGGAGCUACUCGGACAUGAUGAACCUGAUGAGGCUCGAGGAGCAGCUGAGCCCCAGGUCGAGGACUUUCUCCAGCUGCGCAAAGGAGGACGGGUACCACGAGAGAGAUGACGACACAGCCUCCGUCACCUCCGACAGGUCCGAGGAGGUGUUCGACAUGACCAAGGGCAACCUCACCCUCCUGGAGAAAGCCAUCGCUUUGGAAACGGAGAGGGCGAAAGCCAUGCGGGAGAAGAUGGCCAUGGAGGCUGGCAGGCGGGACAGUAUGAGGUCGUAUGAGGAGCAGUCGCCAAGACAGCUGCCCGGGGAGGAGAGAAAGCCCAAACCCAGCGACAGCCAUGUCAAAAAGCCAUACUAUGGUAAAGAUCCCUCGAGAGCAGAAAAGAAAGAGAGCAAGUGUCCAACCCCAGGGUGCGAUGGAACUGGCCACGUAACUGGGCUGUACCCGCAUCACCGCAGCCUGUCCGGAUGCCCGCACAAAGAUAGGGUCCCUCCGGAAAUUCUUGCCAUGCAUGAGAAUGUUCUCAAGUGUCCUACUCCGGGCUGCACAGGGCGCGGGCAUGUAAAUAGCAACAGGAACUCUCACCGAAGCCUCUCUGGAUGCCCUAUUGCUGCAGCGGAGAAGCUGGCAAAGGCCCAGGAAAAGCACCAGAGCUGCGACGUGUCCAAGUCCAGCCCGGCCUCAGACCGGGUGCUCAGGCCAAUGUGCUUUGUAAAGCAGCUCGAGAUCCCUCACUACGGCUACAGGAACAACGUCCCCACGACCACGCCGCGCUCCAACCUGGCCAAAGAGCUGGAGAAAUACUCCAAGACGUCGUUUGAGUACAACAGUUACGACAGCCACACGUACGGCAAGCGGGCCAUAGCUCCCAAGGUGCAAACCAGGGACAUAUCCCCCAAAGGAUAUGAUGCGAAGCGGUACUGCAAGGACGCCAGCCCCAGCAGCAGCACCGCCAGCAGCUACGCGCCCAGCAGCAGCAGCAACUUGAGCUGUGGCGGCGGCAGCAGCGCCAGCAGCACCUGCAGCAAGAGCAGCUUCGACUACACGCAUGACAUGGAGGCAGCCCACAUGGCGGCCACCGCCAUCCUCAACCUGUCCACACGCUGCCGCGAGAUGCCGCAGAACCUGUCCACGAAGCCGCAGGACCUGUGUGCCACACGGAACCCUGACAUGGAGGUGGACGAGAACGGCACGCUGGACCUGAGCAUGAACAAGCAGAGGCCGAGGGAGGGCUGCUGCCCGAUCCUGACCCCGCUGGAGCCCAUGUCCCCGCAGCAGCAGGCCGUGAUGAGCAGCCGGUGCUUCCCGCUGGGCGAGGGGGACUGCUGGGACCUGCCCGUGGACUAUACCAAGAUGAAGGCCCGAAGGGUAGACGAGGACGACUCCAAGGAGAUCACUCCGGAGGACCUGGACCCCUUCCAGGACGCGCUGGAAGACAGAAGGUACCCGGGGGAGGUGACCAUCCCGAGCCCCAAGCCCAAGUACCCGCAGUGCAAGGAGAGCAAGAAGGAUCUGAUAACAUGUCCAACACCCAGGUGUGAUGGGAGUGGUCAUGUGACUGGUAAUUACGCCUCACAUAGAAGUCUGUCGGGCUGCCCGCUGGCUGACAAGAGCAUCCGGAGCAUGCUGGCCACCAGCUCGCAGGAACUCAAGUGCCCCACCCCUGGCUGCGACGGCUCUGGGCACAUUACCGGCAACUACGCUUCCCAUCGAAGCCUUUCAGGGUGCCCGCGAGCCAAGAAGAGCGGCAUCCGGAUAGCGCAGAGCAAGGAGGACAAGGAAGACCAGGAGCCCAUCAGGUGCCCCGUGCCCGGGUGUGACGGCCAGGGCCACAUCACCGGGAAGUACGCCUCCCACCGCAGCGCCUCCGGCUGCCCCCUGGCGGCCAAGAGGCAAAAGGACGGGUACCUCAAUGGCUCCCAGUUCUCCUGGAAGUCGGUCAAGACGGAGGGCAUGUCCUGUCCCACACCCGGCUGCGAUGGCUCCGGGCACGUCAGCGGCAGCUUCCUCACACACCGCAGCUUGUCAGGCUGCCCACGAGCCACGUCAGCCAUGAAGAAGGCGAAGCUGUCUGGGGAGCAGAUGCUGACCAUCCGGCAGCGCGCCAGCAACGGGAUAGAGAAUGACGAAGAAAUCAAACAGCUGGACGAAGAAAUCAAGGAGCUGAACGAGUCCAACUCACAGAUGGAGGCCGACAUGAUCAAGCUCAGGACUCAGAUCACCACCAUGGAGAGCAGCCUGAAGACCAUCGAGGAGGAGAACAAAGUGAUCGAGCAGCAGAACGAGUCUCUGCUGCACGAGCUGGCGAACCUGAGCCAGUCGCUAAUCCACAGUCUGGCCAACAUCCAGCUGCCGCACAUGGACCCAAUCAAUGAACAAAAUUUUGAUGCAUACGUGACUACUUUGACGGACAUGUAUACAAAUCAAGAUCGUUAUCAGAGCCCAGAAAAUAAAGCCCUCCUGGAAAAUAUAAAGCAGGCUGUGAGAGGAAUUCAGGUCUGACCAGCUGCUCAGUGACGUAGUGGCGGAACCUGCUAGAAAGGACGCCUGUCGCCCUGCUGCUGCCCCGCCCGAGCGCAUCCGUGCGCAUGUCUGUCCGAGUGUCCCGCCCAGAGACUCCAUGGCCUCACGUCCCGCUCUCACAGUAGCACCUGCACAUAGUGUGGACACAUUCACGUUGCGUACGUUUCCCAUGAGCCGACAUAGUGUGGUUCUCCAUGUCAUGUUCAUAGCUGCUAAUGUAUGCACAUGGGGGGGAUAUAUAUAUUUCUGAAGAGGUAAGCUGAUCACAAUAGAGUGUACAUUCUUUUUAAUGCUUAGCGGUUAAAUGUUUUAGUAUUUGAACUGAAAUGGACAAAAAGAAACGGCUUUGAAUGACCGUGAGGUGGUGCAGCCACGUUUCAGACAUCGUCAUUUCACCUCGUGUUGGAGGAUUUUAUGGAAUUUAAGAAGUACAUUUUGUGUGCAUAUUGUUUCAUAGCAAGAAUUGUUUGCAAAAAAUGCUUUAUUUUUGAACAAUGCUUGGAAAUAUUAUGUGAUUUUUUUGUUUGUUUGUUUUAGGAGGAUGGUGUAUGGUGGGGGCAAUAAGUGAGGUUUUUUGCAUUCCAAGGAAAUGGCAUAUGGAUUAACUGUAAGAAAUGAGAUAAGUAAUUUGUUGUAAGAACAUCAAGCCAUGGACACUUGGCAGAAGAUGCAAAGCAGCUUACACAGCACUUUCUGGUUUGCUCCUGAGUGGCAGGUGAGACCUGGGAACGGAGCUCCCGCAGGGGCCGCAGGAGGCAGCGAAGACCUCUCCCCGCAGUGAACUCCGAGCCGCCCUCCCGCGUCCCUGCCUCCACUGGCUCUGCUGCAGGGAGGCCUGGCCAAGGAGCCCGCGCUCAGAGCUCAGAGAUCAUUUACGAGUAUUUAUUUCCCCUCCACCUUCAACACUGUCGUUGCUGUUGUUAUUAUUUUGCGUUUGGGGCAUAAAGGGAAAGGACUUGUGAGUCUUCAAGUUACAGGACUGAAUUUUCUGCUGGAUUCGGUGGCAAAGCUGCUCAGAACCCUGUCUCCCGCCGACUCAGGCUUUGGUGAGCCUUUGGCCACGUUGAGGGCUCUCCCCACGCCCUGGAGCCCUGCCUGUGUGGAGGCAGCGGCCCGGAGGGCUGCCAGCUGCUGCCCAAGCCGCCCGAGGACGGUGCCAUCCAAGCAGGUGUCCUGGAUGUACUUCAGCACUUUCUCUGCCGCGAGCUCCCCCGACGUGUCUGCCCCUGGAGACCACCGUGUCCCCGACGACCCGAGACUGACCGGUCUGCCCCGAGGACUCCCGGCCGUAUCAUGGCAUCACUUCCUUCCAUGUCUAGAUGUCACACAGGAAGUACAAAAGUACUUUACAUUUUUGUUAUGAAAAAAAGAUGGGUUUUGUAAAAAUUAAAAAAAUAUUUUUAGCAGAACAGGACUUACAGGGUCAUUGUCCCCACAACGUGCCAGUCGACUAUUUGCACUCACCUGUCCUCUGUGUCCGAGCAGAGGUGUGCAAUCCGCGUCCCAGCCUCGC